ACUAUCAUAACUCUUUUCAACCUAAGAGACAAAGUCAACGUGUGCAGUUGAUUAAGAGCUGAGUACUUAGUACGCUGUCAUGGUGAAUUUCUGCGCUUUUGCCGGCUGUGGAUGUGUUGAGCACUGAGAAACAUGUAAAUGCUUGAUUAUUAGAACGUUUCAUUUGUGUUUUCUGUGUGCGUGUUGGAAUAAUUUCUGAAUUCGGUUCUGAGCUUUUAAUAGCAAUUGGAUUUCAUCCCGUACCUAUUGCAUGAAUUAGGUGUGAAAUAAUGGAACAGAAAUAACUUCUAACUAGUUGCCCACCUUUGCGUCCAAUGAGGAAACGGACGCCCCAGAGUUGGACUACCUGCCCCGCGUGAUGCGCUUACACACCUUCAUGCACUCUUGCAAAGAAGAGAGAUACUGUUGCCGUUGUAGAUCAAGCACGGACCGGCCUUCGUUCUUUGUGCCUGGACACUGGACGUAUCCUUCCAUGCGUGGAUCUGACUUGGUCAAUAGAAUGUCCUAUGAGAAUGCCGUCUCUCAAGAUGUGAAAAUGGGCAUCAAAGAAGAAUUUUAUCAAAAAGCUAUUUCUGCUGGGGUAGAUCAUUUGGGUUGCGCUAAUCCAAUACAAGGUGGUACCCUGCUAAAAGAAGACAAUAUACAAUCAUCUGGCAAGCAUUUUGAGAACAGCAUCUCAUCUUUCCUACAUUGUGAAAAGUGUCAUAUGUACCUCCAUAAUUUGAUGCAGAAAAGUUACAUGUGCCAAGUUUGUGGACAUUCAUCUCCCUCUCCCAGCAAUUUUAAUGCACUAUCUCAUUCAGUUAACAAACAAGACAGCCAUGCAACAGUUAUCUUUGGACGCGAGUUAUGUUCAGAAUUCAAUGUGGCUGAACAGCAUGCUCCAACCCUAGUCCUGAAAUGCAUUCAAGAAAUUGAACUUCGAGCAAAGCAAAAUCCAGAUACUGAUCUAUACUUGGCAUAUAAAUCCCCCAUGCACAGUCAUAAUUUCUGCAAGAUGAAACAAAGAUUUAAUGAAGAUCCUAAAAAUAUAGACUUCAAGGAAUAUCAACUCUCAUUUAUUACUAGUGCCUUAAUAAAAUACCUUAGGGAACUGCCAAAUCCUGUGAUACCAGUACAGUGUUACGACAAAUUUAUUGAUGCAUCAAAGAUUCCACUGGACAAGCAAUGUGCUAUGUAUUUAGGGGAACUUGUUCAGCAAUUACCUGUGCACCAUAAAGUUACUUUGCAGACUUUGAUGGCCCAUUUUUGUAGAGUUUGUUCCUUGCAGCAUUCUAGGGGGCAUCGGAACUUCCCUGAUGCCAUGCUUCGUGUAUUGAGCCAUACCUUGCUCAGGCCAUCUUGGGAAUGCAUUGAGCAACUGAUUCCAAAUUCAGAAGCUCAUAUGCGAGUUGUGAAGUUGCUUCUUCUGAAAGGUGAAUGGGGAGAAAAACCUCCUGAUUUUGCUUCUUAUCCAGCUCAACCUCCUCAUUUGAGUAUCAUCAUGGAAUCAAAGCAAACUCCCUUAUCUCUGCUGGAUAUUGAAAAACUGCAUCUUGCUGAAGAACUUCAGAAGCCUGAAGAUAAAGCCCUACAUGAUGCUGAAUGGUUUUGGGGUGAUAUGACUCGGGAGGAAGUUGCUGAAAAGUUGACAAAUACCCGUGAUGGUACAUUCCUAGUUAGAAACUCAUCUAAUAAAGGUUCUGGAGAAUAUACAUUAACUUUAAGGAAAGGUGGCAGCAAUAAGCUAAUAAAAAUUUACCACAAAAAUGGGAAGUAUGGCUUCUCGGAGCCCCUGUCUUUUGCUUCUGUAGUGGAUCUCAUUUCUCAUUACCAGCAUGUUUCCUUGUCACACUACAAUGCUACGCUAGACACAAAGCUUCUAUAUCCAUACUCCAGAUUUACACAGAAUGAUUCUUCAGAUGGUCCAGAAUCGCACUGUAGGGUACUGAAAACUCUAAAUCAAGAGUAUGUAAAUGCUGCUCAGUUGUAUGAUAAGUUUUACAAGGAUUAUGAAAAGAUGCAUAAUGAAAUUUCAAUCAAGGAAAAUAUUCUAGAAGCUGUGAAUGAUUUUCUCGUCAUGCUAGAAAACCAAUUAGCAGCAUUUCAGAAGUCAUCUGGAGAACUGGCACCGUGUGUUGAAAGUAUAGAAUCUAUCAAAAGGCGGAUUAUUCUAAUGCAAGGCCAUCAAAGGGACCUGGACUGCAAUUUAAAACACCAGUCUUCUUAUUCAAGAUCUUUAGAAAGGGAAAUGUCAGCUCUGAAACCUAAACUUCUCUUUUUAUAUAAACAGAGGGAACAGACACAGCUACAAUUGCUUUCUCAAGGUAUGACAAAAGAAACUAUCAACCAACUGCUGCAGGAAACUUCUGGUACCAAGAAAGUUACUCCUAGAAAUAGCUCUGCUGUAGAACUCCCCCACAAUGAUGAAUCUACUUGGUUGUUGCAAGAAUGCUCUCGUAAUGAUGCUGAAAAAUUACUUGCUGGCAAGCCCAGUGGGACUUUCCUCAUAAGGAAUAGUCGGACUGGAGACUAUGCUCUAUCUAUUAUGGUAAACGGUACAAUCGGUCACUGUCUAAUAAGAAAAACAGAAAGUGGAUUUGGAUUUGCUGAGCCAUACGAUGCCCAUCCAACGCUCAAAAGCCUGGUCUUGCACUACGCACAGAAUUCCCUCGAGGAGCAUAACAGUUCCUUGAAAACGACUCUUGCCUAUCCAGUUUUCUCUCUCGAGAGGGAACAGUAUCUCAAUCUGGCCAGUUAAAAGUCAUUUUGCAUCAUUCACUUUUUUGAUGGUGAAAAUGGAAAAAUAAUAUGCCAAAAGCUUAUUUCUGGAUGUUCUUAAAACUCCAGUUUUUGUCAUUAAUUUCACAGAUAACCUUCAGCAACUUCUAAACGAGAUCACAACCUUGUGUGAAUAAUAUCAUCUUAAAAAGGAAUCAAUCAAACACCAGUCUAGAAGAAACUAAAGUAACUGUUGGACAAGAAUUCUUUUUUUCCCUAUAUUUGUUGAAAGACUUGUGAUAAAAGGUGUUGAAAACUGGCUUUUCCGUGUUGUGUGGUUGUUGGCUGCUCUGAAAAAAUAAAAAAAAGGUUAAUAAAUUUUAAUAUGGUGCAAUCCUUUAUAAAAAUUUGAUUCCACCUGUUCACAUUUUUCAGACACUUCCUGUCUCUGUUCCAGAGGAAACUGAUCAGAUAUGAAAAUCUGAAAACAUUACUAGCAAAAGCUGUCCAAAGAUUGUUUCAAAUCAGAUCUUAUACUGUGAUAAACUUUUUUUUUUUCCUUAGAAAGUACUUAUCAGUUUGAUAAUUCUGUGCUGAAUUUGUACUCAAAAUUCAAACUCGUGGGGGAAAAUGUCAAAAGCAUAGAUUAUGUAAAUAUUGUUUGGUACAUAGUGUUGUAAGGACUAUGCUGCUUAAUUGUAAUAGGGUUUUCAUUUUCUACAAAAGAGCUAAACAUUAUCCUCUGAUGUCAAGUUGUACAUAUUUGGGUAGUUAAUAUUUUGUAGAGUACAUUUGAAUUCUUCAUUCAUAUAUAGAAUGUGUAUUGUGUCUAAAUUUCAUUAGUGUAUAUCAUAAUUUUUCCUAAAAAAAUGGAUUAUCAGUCUUAUUUACUAUGCCAAGUCCUUCUUCACAAACACAAGUGUUAAAAAUUAUUUCUUAGUUUAUAAUAUUUUACAUAUUAGGUUCCAAUGAUAAUUUGUGACAUGUAAUUGGAAGAGUUGCACUUUAUGCUUAAUGUUUGUAAUUAUUUUUAACUCUGCUUUGUAUUUUAUCAUUAUUUUGGAUUUUUUGUAUUUACAGUCAUCUGGAUUAACAUGGAAACUUUUAUAGAUAUUUUUAUGAAUAUAUUUUUGUUAUAAUUUGUUGCAUAUUUUUUUAAAUAGUUUAGUUCGAUAGUAUAGCUUUUAUUUGAAAAGAAGGCCUUGUGAAGGUCUGAAUCAUAUUUAUAAUUAUAAAUAAAAUUCAUCUGUAUCCCCCCCCCUUAAGCACUCUCAAAUUAGGCAUGAUUUGUUAUUUUGACGAUUGUUUGUUAUAUAUAUUUGGUUGAUUUUGUAAGACCUUUUAAACUUUUCUUGUAAAUAAUUAAAAAUUAAUUUCAGUUAUUUGCAUUAAUUAAAUGGUGACAAUUUUGAUAUAUAUAUAUAUAUGCAGUUCUUAUAAACAUGUGUAUGAAGUUUAAUGAAUUAGUACUUGUAUUCUAGAUGCUAGGAAUAUAUCUAUGAAUUCUUGUGUUGUAAUUAAAUAGUAAUCACAAAUGUAUAUGUUAAUUGUGAGCAAUCCUGUGCAAUGUUGUAUAUAUUUAAUUCUAAAUAUGCUCCUUGAGUUGAUACAAUUUUUAUUAUUGUGUAAUUUAAAAGUUUGUUGAUUUGCAGCAUUUUUAAAUAAAAUAUCAUUAAUUACAUAAUGAAAAGUGAACUGUUAACACUUAUAUAAUUUUCUACAUAUAUCUUUGUGACGAAGGACUUGGCUUAUAAUUUGUGCUUCUUUCAAUGCAUGUGUCUGUAUAUCUUGUAUUCCGAGCAUUUUCACAAUUUCAUUUGUCUAGUAUCUGCAUCAUCGUAGCAAAGAGCAUCUAGUUUUAAAAGUUUUUUAAAUAUGUAUGCAGAAGUCAGUCUCGAUCUUUUUCUUUUUUGUUAGUAUAGUGUUUGACCUACUAAACAUCUUCAUUUAUUCAUUCUUCUGAUGUAUGUAACGAAAAAAAAAUUAAUAUUCUUUUGAAAAUGCUUUGUGGAAACAAGCUUUAUGGACAGGUGAUAUGAAGAAAGUCAGUUUUCUCUUUCCAUAUCUACUGGGGAAUUAGAAAGCUUUUUAUUAUUGCUUUGCCCAUCAUUUCCAUUUGCGUGUUUUUUUUCUUGUUUAUAAGAGUAAAUAUUUCAUAUUUUUUAUUGUUUCAUAAGUUGGAAAUUUUAUCUGUUUAAUUGACUAACAAAAACAAAAUCUAUCUUUAAAAGAAUUCUGCAACUAUACAUUUUUUUUUUUAAUUUUUUUUAUGUGAAGUGAUUCUCGGUGAAAAAAAAUAUUGUGUGGAUGUUUAAAAAAUUAUCAUUGUUGGUUUUUUAAAAAAAAUGUGUAAGAAAUUAUUAUUAUCUGUUACUUUUAUAAAAUAUUUUUGUUUUCCCAGUAUCUUUUUGAUAAUUGUACUAGUCAUCGCUUGGUAUAAAUUGAAGCAGUAGCCAUUUGUUAUUAUUUUCAUUUUAAUUAGAAAAUUUUAGAGCAGCAAGCAUUGUUGUGUAUGUUGAAAAACAAAUGGAAAAAAAUUCUAAAAAUUGUGAUACGAAGUUCUUUCUGUGUGUAUAAAAAAAAAAAUUCUGUUGGUAUUGAUCAAAAGGAUGGCUCUUCAGCUGUUAAAAGGUGAAUUCUGACUAGUGUCCAUCUUCUUUUUGUAAAGAGUACAAAGAACUGCGGGAUUUUUGCCCAGAAGUUUCAUAAAUACUUUAAUAAAUUCCGUUUUUCAUUAAAA